CAUCAGCAAUAAAUAAGAAACUAAGCAGUAAAUAAAAAAGGAAGCGGACGCCGAACUAAGCGAGUGUCCCGUGCGGCAGCCCCUGUGCCCGGAGCGGUGCUGGCGCCAUGGCGAGAGGGGCUCGGAGGAGGAGGACCGGGAGAGCCCCGGGACCGCGAGGACCGCCGAGCCCUUGGGCAGAGAGAUGGGACUCCCAAACGUGCGGGUGUGAAAGGAUAUUUCAAAGAUGGUUUGGCUGCCAUUGAGACUUGGAGAUCUGAUGCCACAAUGAGGACUCACACACGGGGAGCCCCAAGUGUGUUUUUCAUACAUGCGGUUUGCUUCGCCUUUGCCUACGGCGCCAGGGAAGACCCGGAUGCAAUGGUUCCUUUUGUCAAUGCCAACUAUGACAGCUACCCCAUGCUCUACUUCUCCAAAGGGGAUGUGGAGACUCUGCGUCUCCAGGCUGUCACCACACACCAGCACAUUGCGGCUCGUCUGGUUGAAGCAGUGCAAACAAUGCUGUCGAAUCCCCUGGAGUACCUUCCUCCCUGGGACCCAAAGGAGUUCAGCGCUCGGUGGAAUGAAAUUUAUGGCAACAAUCUCGGAGCUCUGGCGAUGUUCUGUGUGCUCUACCCUGAAAACAUCGAGGCCAUCAACAUGGCCAAGGAUUACAUGGAGAGGAUGGCAGCUCAGCCUAGUUGGCUAGUGAAGGAUGCCCCGUGGGAUGAGGUCCCUCUUGCUCACUCCUUAGUUGGUUUUGCCACUGCAUAUGACUUCUUGUACAGCUAUCUUAGCAAGAUUCAACAGGAGAGAUUUCUUGAGGUAAUUGCCAAUGCCUCGGGAUAUAUGUACGAAACAUCAUACAGACGUGGAUGGGGCUUCCAGUACCUCCACAACCACCAGCCUACCAACUGUGUGGCCCUGCUGGCUGGAAGCCUGGUUCUGAUGAAUCAAGGCUACCUUCAGGAAGCUUACUUGUGGACUAAGCAAGUGUUGGCAAUCAUGGAGAAGUCAGUAGUCCUGCUGCAGGAGGUCACAGAUGGCUCCCUCUAUGAAGGGGUGGCUUACGGCAGCUACACAACCAGAUCGCUGUUUCAGUACAUGUUUCUUGUCCAAAGGCACUUUGACAUCAAUCACUUCAGCCACCCCUGGCUCAAGCAGCACUUCGCAUUUAUGUACAGGACUGUCCUGCCAGGGUUCCAGAGAACUGUGGCCAUUGCAGAUUCCAACUAUAACUGGUUCUAUGGGCCGGAGAGCCAGCUGGUGUUUCUUGACAAAUUUGUCAUGCGCAACGGCAGUGGGAACUGGUUGGCAGAGCAGAUCAGAAGGAACCGAGUGGUGGAGGGCCCAGGGACACCAUCCAAAGGGCAGAGGUGGUGCACUCUCCACACUGAAUUUCUCUGGUAUGAUGCAAGUUUGCACUCUGUACCUCCGCCAGACUAUGGAGUCCCUAGGCUGCAUUAUUUUGAGGACUGGGGAGUGGUAACCUAUGGAAGUGCUUUGCCAGCUGAAAUCAACAGGCCUUUCCUUUCCUUCAAGUCAGGAAAGCUGGGAGGACGUGCAAUAUAUGAUAUUGUUCAUAAGAACAAGUACAAAGAGUGGAUCAGGGGGUGGAGGAACUUUAAUGCUGGCCAUGAACACCCAGACCAGAACUCCUUUACUUUUGCUCCCAAUGGUGUACCUUUCAUAACAGAAGCUCUGUAUGGGCCAAAAUAUACUUUUUUAAAUAAUGUGUUGAUGUUUUCCCCUGCCGUGUCCAAGAGCUGCUUCUCCCCAUGGGAAGGGCAGAUUACAGAAGACUGUUCCUCAAAGUGGCUUAAAUAUAAACAUGACUUGGCUGGUGACUGUCAGGGGCGAGUGGUUGCUGCCAUGGAGAAAAGUGGGGUGGUGUUUAUCAGGGGAGAAGGAGUGGGCGCAUACAAUCCUAAACUGAAACUGAGAAAAUUGCAAAGAAACCUCAUCCUUCUCCACCCUCAGCUUCUCUUGUUAGUGGACCAAAUCCAUCUAGACGAUGACAGCCCCCUGGAGGCAGCGACAAGUUUCUUCCAUAACGUGGAUGUGCCUUUUGAAGAAACGGUUGUUGAUGAUGUCCACGGGGCAUUUAUUAGGCACCGUGAUGGGAUAUAUAAGAUGUACUGGAUGGAUGACACCGGCCACAGCGAGAAAGCUACCAUCACCUCAAGGAUGUAUCCCCGGGGCUAUCCAUACAAUGGAACGAACUACGUGAAUGUAACAACAAUCUUGCGACACCCUGUCACGAGGGCCAUUUACCUUUUCAUUGGGCCCUCUGUUGAUGUGCAGAGCUUCACUAUCCAGGGAGAUUCUCCACAGCUGAAUGUUUUCGUUACCACCGGUGACCAUGCCUAUACAGUGUACCUGUGGCCUGUUGAGGAUGGGUCCCGCUCUGCAUUUGCACAGGUUAUUGCAGACCGCCAGAAAAUUGUCUUUGAUCGAGCCUCUGCCAUUAGGAGCUCUGCAGUGCCAGAAGUGAAAGACUACGUAGGAAUCGUGGAGAGGAACCUGCAGCAUUUUAAGCCUGUUUUCCAGCAGCUUGAGAAGCAGAUCUUGUCUCGUGUACGUAACACAGCUAGCUUUCGGAAGACUGCUGAACGCCUGCUGAGGUUUUCAGAUAAAAGACAGACAGAAGAGGCCAUUGACAGGAUAUUUGCAAUCUCACAGAGGCAGCAGCGUCAGCAUGGCAGAGCAAAGAAAAACAGAAAGGUAGCCAAAGGCUACAAAUUCGUUGAUGCUGUUCCUGAUAUUUUUGCACAAAUUGAGGUAAAUGAAAGAAAAGUGCGACAAAAGGCACAGACUCAAGCACAAAAAGAGUUGCCUGUAGAUGAAGAUGAGGAAAUGAAAGAUCUCCUGGAUUUUGCAGAUAUCACUUACGUGAAGCACAAAACUGGGGUGUCCAUCAAAGGCCGAUCAGGGCUGGCACAGAUGGUGGCGACUGCUCGAAGUAGUGCCCCAUCAAUAUCAUCUUCUUAUACCCGCCUCUUUCUAAUUCUCAACAUUGCUAUUUUUUUUGUCAUGUUAGCAAUGCAGCUCACAUAUUUUCAUAAGGCAAAGAGACUGCAUGGCCAAAGAUGUCUGUAUGCAAUACUUUUAGUAGACAGCUGUAUAUUGUUGUGGCUGUAUUCUUCCUGUUCUCAGUCACAAUGUUAGCAGAAGACCUCUACUAGUCGACCAGUUUAUGGUCAUAUACAUCUAUGCAAAAGCAUUAACCCUAAUAGGGCCAAAGUUUAUCUUCUUUUUUCUGAAACAUUCCAAAAACAGCUGGGGAAAGAUUGGUUUCAGACCGGAGGGGAUGGAAGAAUGGGGCAAGAAAUGAAUAUCUCAGAAAACUAGGUACUUAAUAAGUACUCCUCCUUUCUGUUUCGAAUUGGGCCUCACAUCUGAGGAAAUGUUAUGCUUUGUUCAUCAGAGUUCAGUAAUGUAAAGUUGUAAUUAAUUUUUUAGUGAGAAGAGUCCUCUUAAUGGAUUUAUUUCUAGGGGCUUUCUUUUUUAUACUGAAUCGGGUUUGCAUUUAGUGAGAUUUUAUUUCAGGCUGCUAUGGAUGUCUCUGGACAUUUUCUUAAGAAAAGGACAUUCAAACACAAGAAUGCAAGGCGGACCUUAGCAGUAGAUUACAUUUCUCUCUGCCAAACCAAAGAAUGCUUCAAUAUGUGACACAUCUGUAUAACUAUUGCAGACCCUUGCACCAUGUCAUCUCUUCCAUGCUUUACAAUCUAGCACAUUGAGAAGCAGCAAUCAUGUCAAUACUUGCCAAGUGAGAGGCACAAGGGCUAGUAGGCAGCAGCAGAAGGCAAAUAAGGGGCUAACUCAAAGGAUAAAGGAUCACAAUUCUCAGGAAAUAAAACCCUUUAUCUUUCAGUCAAGUGUAGACCACAGAAGGACAAAUGCUAUAGGAUCUGUCUCAGUUUUACAAGGCAGGGUUUCAUGGAGGUUUUCUGCAGACCAAAGCACAUCUUAGUAGGGAAAUAAUGUCCUAGAUCACUGCUCUUCCAUAUGCAAUUGUAAAAGUACAAAAAAAACCCAAAGCAAUCCUGUGGUAACCUCAGCAAUUGCCAGUAUGUAAAAAGGGGUAUUAAGAAAAUAUUUAAUAUCUUUUUUCUGUUCACAUGGUGAGAAACAGGACAGUCAAAAUUGUGUGAACAGUCUGUUCUCUAUAAAGCACCAGCAAGGAUUCUGCAAACUCUUGGUGGCCCCAGGUCAAUUAUCUGGGGAUUAGUGGUGAAUGGAAUCAUGUGGUUUAUGACAAAAAUAAACUUGACGUCUCCACAUACAUCCCCUUCUGUUCAUUAAACUGAUUUCAAAAAAUCAUAGCUAUUUGAGAGAACGGAAGCUCUAUGGAACUGGGGCAUAUAUGUAUGUCUUUACAGAAAAAUGAUUCUUCCAGUACAUUUGCUAAAUAAAAAACAUUAUAAUUGUCUCUGUGGAAAAGUGGGUUUUCUUUGAUUAAAAUAUUUUUCAUUAUAACUACAGUAAUGACAUUCAUCAGCUCUUUGUUCAAACCAUAUUUGUUUCCUCUUCCUUACACCUGUUUAGGUACCUGUUAUCUACAUUGCUGUUUUUAAGCUUUCCGCAAGUGUUGAAAUGUGAUGAGCUUUUCUUGUCUAAACACCUUUAGUGAAUAGAUGAGAAUAUUUUCAAUACACUCCAGUUACUGAGCCAGUUCUGAGCACUGCAUCCACAUACAUAAGCCCUGCUACAGUAUCCAAUGCCUGGAUUUAUCCAAUGAAAUUUGAUACAUUUAGUCUGAGCAAAGAUUUAGGACCCCAGUUUAUUUCUGAUCGUAGUGGAGAAAGAUAGCCUUCAAGUAGCUACUCAAUCCACCUAAGACCUUGAAACACCUUCAAGACGUACCGUUUCAUCUGGGUGUACUGAACAAUUUUUGAAAUUUCACUGUACGGUAGCUAGUAGUGAAUAUACCUUUCUCUUCUCUUUAAGUGGAGUCACAAUACUGAAGUGUUUUGGGCACAUGCCUCUGCUCCCAUUCUUAUACUUCUUUUCGGUUUCUAAAAACGUUAAUUUUCUGUAUCUCUGAUCACAGGAAAAGAUGGAUAUCCUAUGACUGUAUGUGGAUGGGUUCCUGUAUUCAUAUGCGACCCUGCUGACUUCACUCAACUUCUCUUCAAUAGCUGAUGUUCAGUCACGCAUGCUUCAUUUCAAGGCUGCAGUCUAAAUUAGUCUAAAGUUGGUUUGAUGUAUUCUGAACAAAAUUAAUAGGAAUUCAGCCUGGAGACAGUGGUGUGUAUGCCUGAGGAUAGAAUCCCGUUCUAAGAUUUUUCAAUGAUUUUUUGAGUCCAUCUAAAAAACAGGCUGUGUAUGUUAUAUGCAUCUUUGUGACUAAAGGAAGCAAAGGGAAUGGAGCACAUUACCUCAUUUCUUAAAAUCUGCAAGAUCAAAGAUUUUUCUGAACGAUUAUAUGUCUAAAAUACAUCAAAUUAUUCUGUUGGCUCUGUAUUUUCCACUGAUGGAAAGUUUUUUCUUAAUGUUUAAAAGUAUGUAGUGUUUGGAAAAUAGCUUUAUUUCUGCACUGAAACAUUGCUUUCACAUUUGCUUGGUCUGUAAAAUUCUCGGUUGGGAUCAAACAUACUUUAAUCCCUUUGCCUUGGCUGCUUCAUUAAAAUUCAGUAGGGUAAGUUCAAGCUCUUAAGUCAGACUCAGCUAACGAAUCCAAGAUGUUAUUUUCUGUCCUUUCUUGGCAGUCAACUCCAGGGGGUCCCUGCAGCAGGAGGCCGAUAUGAUCCAUAGGGUCCAGACGAGGGCCACGAAGAUGAUCAGAGGGCUGGAGCACAUCUACUAUGAGGACAGGCUGAGAAGAGAAGGCUCUGGGAUACCUCAUAGUGGCCUUCCAGUACCUGAAGGGGGUCUACAUGAAAGCUGGGGAGGGACUUUUGACAAGGGCAUGUAGUGAUAGGACUAGGAGGAACUGCUUUAAAUUGUAAGGGGGUAAUAUUUAGAUUAGAUAUUAGAAGAAAUUCUUCACAAUGAGGGCGGUGAGGCAUAGGUUGCCCAGGUGGAUGCCUCCUCCCUGGGAGUGUUCAAGGCCAGGUUGGACGGGGCCUCAGGCAGCCUGAUCUAGUGGGAGGUGUCCCUGCCAAUGGCAGGGGGGUUGGAGCUGGAUGAACUUUAAGGUCCCUUCCAGCCCAAACCAUUAUAUGAUUCCAUGAUUAGCCUUUAAAUGCAGUAUAACUUACUUUGCUUCAGAGAACCCAAAGCUCCAUAAGACAUUCUUGCAAUAAGCUGUGUGGAGGAUCUGGCUCUUACAACAGAAGUGGUAAACUCUGGUAAAACACUAUCUUGUAUGCUUCAUGAAGUUUCUUCUGGUGGACUCAACCACAGAUUGUUAGCAAUGGGGAAAUGAGUAGGGGACCAGAGUCCCUGGGAAGGCAUUUAAAUAACUCUGCCUAUAUGUAAGGUAAGGGAAUAAAGAUGACGUUCAAAAAUACUAUGAAAUACUUACAGACGCAAUGCCUUUCAAAUAAA